AAUUUCUUAAAAAAUCAUUUAAAGAAGGAGCUAUAAAUAAAGAAAAGUAACGUGUAACUCGAUGUAAAAAAACAGAAAAACUAUAUCAAGAUGUUUUUGCCUGACAGCUAAUACAUUUUAUUACAUGCAAAUAAGCUUUGACGUACUAACAUACAUAAAUACACGUAAAUCUAUGUAUAAGAUGAGGUUUUAAGUAUAAAGCUUCUGCUGCUCCUGCUGCUGCUGCUGCUGCUGCUGCUGCUGCCGCCGCCGUUAAUCGUUGCGCUAGUAGGAGUCUAGAAGACUAGUAAACUUUUAACGCAUCUAUCAUUUAUAUCAUUGAAGUUCUCUACUACUUCUUCGACAUCGUUUAUUAUUAGCUGGCUUGGAAAGGAAGGUUUGUUAUAACAUAUCUCAUAGUUAUUCCUUUGUUCCGUUUUAUUCGCAGUCAUGACUUAUAUACCGAAAAAAAAUUCCUAUUAUUCACGCUCACAUGCAGCUAUGAAUUUGAUAAAUAUGGAUUCGGAAAAUCGGGUUGUUUUGAAUGUGGGCGGCAUACGACACGAAACCUAUAAGGCUACACUUAAAAAAAUUCCAGCCACAAGAUUAUCAAGACUCACCGAGGCGUUAGCCAAUUACGAUCCAAUUCUGAAUGAAUACUUCUUUGAUCGGCAUCCUGGCGUAUUUGCACAAGUUUUAAAUUAUUACAGAACGGGCAAAUUGCAUUAUCCAACGGAUGUUUGUGGACCACUUUUCGAAGAGGAAUUAGAAUUUUGGGGAUUAGAUUCAAAUCAAGUUGAACCAUGCUGUUGGAUGACGUAUACGCAGCAUCGCGACACUCAAGAGACAUUAGCCGUUUUAGAUCGUUUAGAUUUGGAUACAGAAAAACCGUCCGAAGAGGAGUUAGCUCGUAAAUUUGGUUUCGAAGAAGACUACUACAAAGGUACAUUAUCAUGGUGGCAAGAAAUGAAACCACGCAUAUGGUCACUUUUUGAUGAACCCUAUAGUUCCAAUGCAGCUAAGAUUAUUGGAGUCGUUUCGGUAUUCUUCAUAUGCAUUUCAAUAUUAUCGUUUUGCUUGAAAACCCAUCCUGAUAUGCGUGUACCUUUUGUACGCAAUAUAACUGUACGUACGGCCAAUGGCAGUUCGGCCUGGUUCUUAGAUAAAACGCAGACAAAUGCUCAUAUAGCAUUUUUUUACAUUGAAUGCGUUUGCAAUGCGUGGUUCACAUUCGAGAUAUUGGUCCGUUUUAUAUCGUCACCUAAUAAAUGCGAAUUCAUCAAAUCAUCUGUGAAUAUAAUCGAUUACAUAGCCACACUUAGCUUUUAUAUUGAUUUAGUGCUUCAACGAUUCGCCUCACAUUUGGAGAACGCUGACAUCUUGGAGUUCUUCUCAAUUAUACGCAUUAUGCGUUUAUUUAAGCUUACACGUCAUUCGUCGGGCCUGAAAAUCUUAAUACAAACAUUUCGAGCUUCGGCCAAGGAAUUAACUUUACUGGUAUUUUUCCUAGUCUUAGGCAUCGUUAUAUUUGCCAGUCUGGUUUAUUAUGCUGAACGUAUACAAACGAAUCCGCAUAACGAUUUCAAUAGUAUACCGUUAGGUUUGUGGUGGGCAUUAGUUACUAUGACCACAGUCGGCUAUGGUGAUAUGGUGCCAAAAACUUAUAUCGGUAUGUUUGUGGGCGCUUUAUGUGCUCUAGCCGGUGUCCUAACAAUUGCACUGCCAGUACCGGUUAUUGUUAGUAAUUUCGCUAUGUACUAUUCACACACACAAGCACGUGCAAAACUGCCAAAGAAACGAAGACGUGUACUUCCGGUCGAACAGCCCCGUCCACCCAGAUUGCCAGGAGCUGUGAGUGCUUGUGGUACACCUGGUUCCGGUCCCAACUCUGGACCCAUGGGCUCUGGUGGUACCGGACCACGUCGCAUGAAUAAUAAGACCAAAGAUUUAGUGAGUCCUAAAUCGGAUGAAUACACGGCUAUGCUUAGCAAGAAUCGUGAAGGUAAAAUGGCAAGCCUACUUUGAAAUUAACAGCAACUACAUCAGCAGCAGCAUCGGCUUUUGUCUACCUCCUCGAAUGAUUCAUCGUCAACAAUAACAACAUACAAAGCAUCACAGACAACACCGCCUCAGAAAAAAGUCAACAAAAUCCGAUUUCUAACAUCUAAUCUAAACGAAACCAAAGCUUAAUAAAAUAAAAAAAAAAACAAUAUCCGGAAUUCGCAAUGAUACGUUAACGGGCAUUACCAAAACCGCAUUAGCGCAUUAGCGCGAAAUUCACAAUGAUACGCUGACGGGCAAAGACCCUUAGCGCAAAAAAUUUCCCUUUUUAUUAAUAACUAUAACAUAUAUAUAAAUUAAUAUUCGUAUCAGGACACAUGAAAAAACAAAAAGAAAAACAAAACAAAACAAAGAAAAGGAAUAGAAAGACAUCACGGAUUUAGUACAGGAUACAUUUGUACGUAUGUGUUUAAAAAAAA